UGAACGUUCGUUCGUGCGAUUACACAUUUUUUUUUAUCUCUUUUAUUAUUAUUUUUGUGUAUUUUUUUUGUAACAUUGUUUUGACUAUUAUCGAAAAGUACGAAAAAUAGUAAAAUUUCAGUGAUUUACUGCAAAAAAAUCAAUGAGUUGACAUAAAAGUUGAAAUAUUUCAUCGCAAAACCACAACAAAUGGAUUAAAAUCUCAGCAAAAAUUAAUGUGAAUGAUACAGAAAAAAAAAUAAAUAAACAGAAAAAAAACAAAAAUAAAACGAGACACACAAAUAUAGAGAAAAAUAAUUUCGGAGAAUAGAAACAUGAAUGAUGAUUGCUAAUAAAUGUGAAAACAUACAGAUUUAUUAAAGAAAAAUAAUAAAAAAAAUUCGAGUGUCUACAGAAUUAAAGCGCGGAGCAAUAAUAAUUAAAAUAUUCUAUUAAUAAACACACAGAAACAACAUUGAAUAAUUUUUUCAUAAAUUUGAGUCAUUAUUAUUGAACUCUUGAAAUAAAUUGAAAACAAAAAUUUAUUAAAACAGUGCGAAGGUGUUUCGAUUAUUAUUAUUUUUGCUUAAAAAAUAAAAAAAAAAUAAUUGACCAAAAAUUUAAAGACUCGCAGUACACUCAACGACCGACAGCGUGGCAUAGUGUCAACACAAGUGCCAAUAAGCAGCUUACAUUGUAACUACAUUGUUGCCUGUCGCGUAUGGCUAUCGCGCAGACAGAUAUUUUUGAGACGGCAAAUAAAUUGUGAAAUGCAAAAUAAAAUAGUUCGUAUGUCAAAAGUCUCGGUACCGACCGCGCUGCAAGCGUAAUAGUAAUAGACAAGUGCCAAAAAAGUGUUUUUAUUGGACGCGACUGAUGAUCGACAAUUUAGUUUUAUCGCCACUCUUUGCUACCUUGAAGGAUAAAACGUGUCUUAUCACGCCACUAAAGGUCUCACUUAUGUAAAAAAUAAAAAAAAUUCCGCGUCGUAGAUGAAAAAUGUGUCACAAUUUUUUACAUUUAUGACUUAUUAUUAUUGUUUUAUCAGUGAACACACAUUUUUGUUCGUUUCGUCGUAACUGACACACGAGUGUAAAGAUAACAACAACCUCUAUAAACUUCAAACACGACACGGGCGAAAUAUUCGUAUGACUAAAGUACAUGAAAUUAUCAUAAGUACAUAACACUCGAUGCAUGUGAUGAUGAUGAAAUGAGGUUAAAUUGUCAAGAGUUACAAUAAAAUAAAAUCAAGUGAAAUAGAAGAAAAAGUGUCGCAAAAGAAAUCAUUUUUUGAAAAAGAAAUUAUUUGAAGUGAAAAUAUGAAUAAAAAUUAAAGAUUUGAAGAAACGUGAAGGAAAAAUAGAAAAUAAACAAAAAGUAAAAAAAAAUAUUAUAUAAAGUUUGUGUUUGGAAAUCAUGCGGGAAAUCGAUACAGAAGCACCUGUUGUAUGGCCAGCAUUUUGUUACAGUUUGACAGGUGAUGCUCCAAACAGUGAAGAUUCUCCGCAAACAGCUUCCUCGCCAUCACUGCAACUUCCCUCGUCGUCGCCCAAAUUGCCAAAUCAUCACAACAACGUUGCCCAAGUGAAAAACAAGCGCAAAACGACAAACCCCAUUGUGUCGCCAAUCAAUAAAAUGUUGACGGAACACAUGCUGAACAGCCUGCAAGAAAGUAGCAAAAAGUUCCUGUUCAACAGCAGCACCGCGACCGCAGCAACGACAAACACGCUCGCCAAUGCGUACUACGACAAAUUGAAGUUUGCAAGUGAUAAUUGCACGUCGUCCACAAUUACAACAACGGCCGCGACAAAUAACAAUUCGAGUGUGGCCAAUACAGUUGCGGCUCUCGCGGCAGCAGCUGCGGCGGCAACAUCGCCACUCGCAAUGCACAACAACGCCACUUCAUCGCCAAAGCUCGAUUAUUUACGUAAUGGUGAAUUAAGCAUGUUGCAGCAACAACAACAACAGCACAACCUGAACAAUAAUAAUACAAUAAAUAACAAUAAUACGAUAAAAAGUGAAAGAUUAAGUCCAAAUAAUAGUGGUAGUAAUUGUGGAACAGCAGCAACGGCAGCUACAAAUCUAGGAACUAAUAGUAAUAAUAAUAGCAGUAGUCAUAAUAAUAACAACAAUAAUCAUGAAGUGCAAUCAACAGCAUCUAGAUCUCGUAGCAUAACACCUUCGUCGUUUUCGGGAACUCCGCCACAACAAUCACAAUUGCAGCAACAACUACACAGCGAAAUGACUCAAUUGUUGCUGAAUGGCAGUAGCAGCAGCAACAGUGAUGCGCGUCGCCAACUGACACCAAAUCCAAAAAUUGAAUUAGAGACUGACUUAGGACAUACAACGACAAACGGCACGUCAUCGGGGAGUUUUCUGCCACCGCCACCUAAUCAAUUUAAUGCGCGAAAUUACUCGGAUAUCAUGAGGAGUCUCGCUGCCAAAUAUAAUUCGAAUGCUGUUAAUGAACCAAAUCAAAAAUUUAUUGAGCCACCAAGGAUGCCGGGAAUGUCAACGCCCAAACGUAAAGGAAGUCCAAAUGUCGUAAUGAAGCCCGAUCGAGUAUCGGCUCCUCCAACACCUUCUUUGUCAGGCACAAAUCCUCUGUCAUUAUUCACUGGUUUGGGCUUCGGCGGUGGAAUGUUUCCGCCAUUCGUUGAUAUGAGCAGUACUCAAGCGUUGAUUGCUUUGGCUAAAAUCGCAAAAGAAGCAGAAAUCCAACAAUUAAUGAAAAACAUGGGAAAAACUGUCCCCACAUCGCUUCCUUCCCCGCCAGCACCGCAAUUUCCGCUCGCCGCAUUCCCCUCGUCACUUUUCACGCCGCCCAGUCUUUCCUCCAGCUCCACAUCUGUCGCACCACUCCAUCCUGCCUUCAAGAGUCCCUCGAACGAAACCGCUUCCCUUUCCGUAAUCGAUCAACCGGCUGCCCUGGACUUGAGUAAUGCCGGUGCCCCGGUGGCCAAACGCCUCAAAUUGUCUCCCGAUCAACGACAAAUCGCAAAUUCGUCACCUAGUCUGCACAUCAACACGACAUCCAACAGUCGGAGCUCGAACAAUUCUAGUCCCAAUGUCAAUGCGAGCAGCAACAAAGUGAAAUGCCGAGCGGCAGAACGCGAAGAAGUGAAUGCAUGGACCGUUGAACAGGUCUGCGAUUUUGUGCGGAGCAUCGAUAUUUGCGCGGAAUAUGUGGAGAUUUUCAGUAAUCAAAGUAUCGACGGAACUGGUCUUCCUUUGCUCACGGAAGAGCAUUUAACGGGAUCGCUUGGCAUGAAACUCGGUCCAGCACUGAAACUGCGUUCGUUGUUGAAGAAAAAGAUGGAACCGUGCUACUGUUCGGCGUGCUCAAAGGCAAAUUCGACGUCGGGAGACGUUCCUGCGAGACCAGCGAGCGCGGAUUCGGGCAGCUAAUAAAUUUAAAUUAUGGAUAUAAAACCCGACGAUUUGUACUUAAAGACGCGACGAAAUGGCAAAUAAAUUCCUAGACAAUAAAAUUGACAAUAAUAUUUAUUAUUUAUGGAAGAAAACAAUAAUCAUACAAUAAAAAUAAUAAUAAAUAGGAUCCGAUUAAAAGCUUAUUUAAAACAAGCGUGUUAAUUUACACAUUUAAAAUAAAAUAAAAUAAAAAUA